AUGGCCACCAUCGACGAUCUCGUUGAGCUCAUCUACCACGAGAAGCAGGAGCCCGGCUCGAUGCUUUGUGCGCAACAUGCGCUAAAUUCACUACUGCAGGGUGCAUAUUUCAAUGCACCCGACCUAUCCACGAUCGCGCGCGAACUAGACGAGGAAGAAGCGCAGUAUGAUGAGGACCGGCACGGACAAGUAAGUGCGAACAUGGAUGACACUGGAUUCUUCUCGGUGCAGGUCUUGGAGAAGGCCUUGCAGGUCUGGGGGCUUACUCUCAUUAGGUGGCGCAGUGAACGAAUGCGCCCGUAUCAGGAACACCCACACGCGCAAAUUGCAUUCGUCCUUAACCUGGAGCAGCACUGGUACACACUAAGGCGUUUCGGUGCGACCUCUCCACAUCCAGACUUCAACCUGGAACACAGUGUAGGCCACUGGUUCAACCUCAACUCAUUCCUCCAAAGACCAGAGUGGAUAUCCAAGACAUACUUAGGCAUGGUCUUGCAGCAGGCGGAGGCUGACGGCUACUCCGUCUUCGCAGUGGUACAGCAGAAUCCAGACGCGCCACUUGCAGUCCCGCUUACCUCUGCUGACCACUUGGCCGCCACCAUCCCUGAGAAGCCGUCCUCAACAACGGCCACUUCUCGAGGCGCCUCUUCUUCGCACGUCCUUGACGGCUUCGAAGACGAAGACAUGGAACUGCAAGCAGCGCUACAAGCAUCGCUCAUGCAACAGCCAUACGAGUAUCCCGUGCCCCCUGCUGGCCCCCUUCCCUCAGCCUCAAUAUCCGCCGCACCCACCGGCGCCCUCGGCUCCAUGCGCGACUUCGGCAACACUGCCACCCCCACUGUCCGCACGCCCCCCAUCGCCCCGCGACCCCCUCCCCAAGUCGUCGACCUUCGCGAUGACGAUGACGAUGACGAAGAGUAUGAUCCCGACUACGUUCCCGAACCCGACGAUGACGCCGGCGCCGUCAACGACGACCCCGUCGCCGCGAGCAUGGCGCGGAAUCGCGCCUUCCUCGCGCGCUUCCAGCGCGAGCAGGAGGCGGCGCUGCGCGAGAGCUACGGCGACGAGGAGACGGAGGCGCGCGCGGCACAGCGACGACGAGAGCAGGAAGAAGAGGAGGAGAUGAUCCGCCGGGCGAUCGCCGAGAGCGAGGAGAUGCACCGGGCGCGAGCCAGGCAGGGCCAAGAAGACGUCGAGAUGCGUGGGCCGGAGGACGAGCCGCCCGUGGUGCCGCCCCAUCCGUCGACGAUGCCCAUCGGGCACAGGGUGUACGACGACGAGGACGCGGAGCUCCAGGCGGCGCUGAGGGCUUCGCUGGAGGGUGUCCCCGAGGGUUUCAGGAUGCCGGACACACCACCGACUACCGCACGCCCGCUCCAGUCUGCGACAACGUCCGCCCCGGCACCACCGCCUAUACAACGCGAGCCCUCCGUCGCUAGCACACAGUCCGAGAGCGACGCUUCGAUAGCGACGGAGUCAGACUCGGAGCCGCCACCGCAGGAGCAGCUGAGCAUGGAGGAGAUCAGGCGGCGGCGGUUGGCGCGUUUUGGUGGCUGA